GCGCAGGCGUUCACGCGUGCGAGUAACAUCGGCGCCGGAGCAGCGUCCCGUCAUCCAACGGCCAGAACACCCUCGGAAUCCGCGGGAAGUGUUACGUGUCUCUCAGCCUUGACGGCAAUCUCGCUGUCGGCUGCGAGGGCGCCCGGAUGGGGCCCGAGAUCACCGCUGUUCCCCCGAGCGGAGGGAUAUCGUUUCCCGCGCGCCUCGUCCGCUCGCACGAACGCGAACGAAUUCAACGAACGUAACUCAAUGGAUACGCGCGCGCGCGCGCGCGUGUGUUUCUACGAAGAAAAAGAAAUUAAAUUUUUUGGGAGGAGCGAAAAGAAAGGGGAAACGCGGGUGCUACCGAUGGCGCGCGGGACGACCGCUAGCUGUUGUGCGGAGUGCGCGAAUUAUGACACUAACUCCGAAUCAAUUGCCAGUAUCUCUGCCUCACAAUUUCACCUCUACCACUCAUACCUGUUGACAUGAAGAUGGCAUACGCACCACUCUCCAAGCUCGUGUCCAGAGACGCGAUGUCCAGCAUAUGCCCGAGCAGUGUGAAAAAACCCACCCUGUCUGAAGUGUUGCAAUCGGACUCAGUGAAACGGCUUUUUUGUCAACCGAAUAUCAUCAUUAAGACAUUUCCUAUAAAACCAGUAACCUUCAAUAAGGAUGUGCUUGGGCAUAAAAUAAAUGGUGUGAAUUUGACACAAAAUCUUACAAGACCACCCGAAAUAUCAAUAUUCCCUGACAAGCAAUCGACGGUGGACAAGGAAAAGGAGGACGCCAAUCUCUUACCUUCGAAAGUGGAACAUAAAAAAUCGGAGAUUGCUCUGUUUCCGCUCGAGAAGAAAUCCUGUGGUCAUUACGAGCAAUGUGAAAGUAUCGUUUGCGAUGUAACGGUGCAGCAGUACGUGGAUAAGGAUGGGAUCUCGCCCAUGCUAGCGUUAACCAUAGAGGAGGACGAGAUAAACGCGCCAGUCGAAAAACACUGUGAAAACGAGUGCUGUGACGCACUGAGCAUCGACCACGAUCGCUGUCGUCGGGCACUAAUAAAGUUACACAGGUGCGACAGAUCACACGCAUGUGACAUUUGCGGGACAACGUUUAAUGGCAGGAUAUCUCGGGUAUAUCACAUGAAUUGCACGAGGAAAAGGGAAUACGUUCACAACAACGUGAACAGAUCUCAUUUGCAGAAGGAACGGAUGCGCAUGCGGGAGCUGCAGAUCUUGGAGAAUGCAAAAAUUAAGAAACACAAUUACUCGGAUCCUGAAAGAGUGAUGGAGGCGCUGCGAAAAAAUGACGAGUUGAUAAUCAUUCCACAAAGAGUAUCUAGUCAAAUAUCGGUUGCUACUACAACUUCGAUACCUGGCGCUCAUUCCGUCGGCUCUAAUCACACUCAUCCGACUCAUGCUCAACUUGUCAAGCUUAAUUCGCAGAUAACUAAAGUCACUGAAGAUGUACCCCUCACGUUUUCGCAGAAUACCACGAUUUUUAGCAACACGUCUCAUUUAAAAGACGAAGUAAAACCAAUAAGUCAAAUAAGGUUACCGAAUCAACAGCAAAAUUCUCAUUUGGGGUCCACUUCGAUUCCGAUUCCUAUUACAACUCGACUUCCGACGACAGUUCAAGCUCAAAUUCAAGUUUCAGUUCCAAAAUCAGCCUCAUCUUCAGCUCCAAUUCUAACUCCAGCUCCAAAAGUUUCAGUUCCAACUCUAGCUCUAACUUUAGCUCCAACUUCGGCUUCAACUCCAGUUUCAACUUCAGCUUCAACUGCAGUUCAAACUCUAACUCUAGCUCUAGCUUCAAAUUUAGCUUCUGCUGCAGCUCCAGCUUCAACUUCAACUUCAACUUCAACUUCAAUUCCAACUCUGACUUUAACGCUAGCGCCAACUCCAUCUUCAGUGCCAGUCUCUGUUCCAGCUGCGAUUUCAACGCCUACUGUUAUCACUACUUCUGCAUCUGCUCCGCAUAAACAAUACAUUCACUUCGCAGUUUCACCACAAACUACAACUGCUCAAUCUGUAAACAACUUGAUCGUAUCACCGUCGCACAUUAUAACAAACACAUCAGCUCAGCCUAAAGCGUUUCUCGCGCCGAUACGCGUAGUACCUAUAAAGAACUUAAUAAGUCCGCCGUCAUUGUUACAUCAUACGCAAGGUGUUCCAAAGUUCUGCAUUGUUGCAGAAAAAAUGGUUACACCGGUGAUUGCCCCAAAGCCACCGUCCAUUCAAUCUGCUGCUGUCGUUGCCACCAAUAAUGUGAAAAUCACUAAUGUUGACGCGAAUGUAAAAACCACCAGUGUUGACGCGAAUGUAAAAACCAUCAAUGUUAACGCAAAUGUGAAAACCACUAAUGUGGAAACCACCAGUGUUAAUGUAAAAGCUAAUAAUGUUAACGCGAAUGUAAAAAUCACUAAUGUUAAUGCAAAUGCAAAAGCCACCAAUGUUAACACGAAUGUGAAGGUAGACACUUCGAAUUUUUCGAUACGUAAACUGAUACCAAAAGCACGCAAAAUAGUGCCGAAAAUAACGAAAGCAAAGAAAAACUUCUUCUGCGUUUACUGCUCGAAAAAUAUCACUACUGAUUGGUACUUCAAAAUGCACAUCGCAAAGCACAAGGGUGAGAAACUCUUCUUCUGUCAUUUAUGUAAUGAAUCCUUCUACAAUAAUUAUCAUCUGAAAAAACACAUAACGAAUCAACACAUCGAUCAGAAGGAUAUCGGACUUUCGUGCGACAAGUGCAACUAUACUUGCUCGUCAAUUGUUUCCUUCAAAAGCCACCUUCAAACGCAUAAUAAAGCAGAUAUCCAAAAGAAAUCAAAAAAGAAAAGAAAGUUGGAAUUUUUAAAGAACGAAAACGAUAAGUCAAAUCUCAAAAGAAAAAUAAAAAGAAUGAAACUUGAGAAUAUAUCCGAUAAUCAGAAGAAACUCAUCGAGAAACAUAACAAUAAAGAAUUGACGAUUAAAAUAGAUGGUAAUAAAAAAGGAUUCAACUUCGUUUCUGCAAAAGAAAUUGUUGAACCUGAAAAUUUCGAACAAGAAUCUGCUAUUACAUCAAGAUGAAGUGUGCAAUGUAUUUUAGUUUCGAGAUACAAAAGUAUUUCGCCAAAUAUAAUUUAUUAAAGUUUGUGUAUGGAAGAAGGAAAUUGUAAGAAAGAAAGCAACCAAGGAAUUAUUGUAUGAAAUCAACCAAAAAAUAUAAAAUGUUAAUAUGCACGUAUGUCUCUACAACGCACGAGUGAGGUAUACUUGUGGACAAAAUAAUUUAAUAUUCUGAUAUCUCAAAAUAACGACUGAGUUUGUUGUAUAGCCUAAUAUGUGCAUGUGUGUGAAUCUCGUAAAUGCAAAUGUUUCUUGGUUUACGCAGUCAUAUUUUCGGCUACUGUGUAAAUAAAAAAAAUCACGAUUAAUCUGAACUACCAAUAUUCUUUUCAUGAAUAUUUAAUUUAAAUUCAACUUUUACACAAUAAUUUAUGCAAUUAUUUUCAUAUACAAUAUUAUCGGUUAUGUUAAUAAUUUUUUUACUUGUUUAUAUUAGAUAUAAAAUUAAAUUACAUAUAUAAAAAUUAAAUAUAAAAUUUUUACACAAAGAAAAAAUAACAUUAUUUUUAGCAAAGAUUAAUAUCAAGUUAUAUUUUAAUCAAAUUACAGCAAAUGAUACCAAAUUACUUUAACUUUCUAUUUUGACUAUUUUAAAUCUCAAGAUAUUUAUAAAGUUUUAAAAAAAUAUUAAAGACAAAAAAAUACUAAAUUUUUAGAAUGUUUAAAGUAAUUUUAUUAUUUGUAAAUACAAUAAAAUAUUUUUAUUUGUACAUUAUUUUUUAAUUAUUUUCUUUAUAUUAAAUUAUAUAUUAAAAUCAACAUUUGCAAAAAAUUAAAAAAAGGGUUUAAAAAUAUGAAGCAUUACACCGAUAUUCACAUACUGUAAUAUUUUUAUUUAACAUAACACAACUUAGAUAAUUAAUCUUAUCUCAGUAAGAUUGUAUUCAACUGUGAUACAUUUUUCCUACAAAAAAACUUUUCUACAUGGUUUUUAAUUAUCUAUCUGUUCUACACACACACACACACACACACACACACACACACACACACACACACACACACACACACACACACACACACACACACAUAUGUAUAUUUGUUUAUAUCAUCUUUCUUAAACUAUUAUUUGAUAGGUUUUAACUUUAUGAUACAAUAACUAUGCACAUUUUAUUUUAUAAUUAAAAUAUGUGUAGUUAAACAUUUUACUUUGCAACUUGUAAUUUUAAAUGAAAGUCUUAAAUAUAUAUUUUUGUUUCUGAACAAGUCUCAUCAUAAUUACAAGAUGCAAAUCGUAAAAUAUGUUGAUGUAUUAAAGCACCCAAUAGAAAAAUACGAAUAAUGACUGCAAUGUUGAAAUAUAUUGACACGUAUAUAUUAAUACACGAAAUAAUAUUUAUGUACGUAAGAAAUAUGUUAGUCUAAUAUAAAGUGUAAAAGCGGCUUUAUUCUGAAUUAGCCUUGAAUGUCAGCACAGAUUAUAAACUGUCGCUGCAUAUAAAAAGCCUUUUUUCAAUUAUAAAGUAAUGAAUUAUAAUAGUAUAACAUACUGUUUGUCAUUAUAUUUUAUUUUCGAUUUAAAAAGGCAUACAAAAAAUAAUUGUAUGUGAUAUAGAUUUAUACAUAAAGUACCACUUUAUAACUGUCUUUUUCCUAAAAACUAUAAUUUUACUAAAUGUACUAUACUUUUUAAUGCCAUUAUUCGUAAAAUAUUCAAGAACAAGAAAAUAACAGAAGAUUUAUUGAGCAUAUCACACUCAGUAAAUUUUUUUAUUUUAUAGAACAGUUUAUAAUUAAUUAUUAAGAGCAGAACAGUACAAAUAAUAUAAAAUUAUGAAAUAUUUUAAAUAACAAGUUUAAGUUUAUAUGUUAUGCUUGAAUGAAAUAUUCACUAUUCAAUAUUUGCUCUGUCUUGUUGCUAAUGUAAAAGGACGGUAAACAUCAUGCAAUUGUCAUAAAAUAUUUUAUUAUGAAAUAUCAACAUCUAUCACUUGUUGAGGAUAAAUAAUGUUCCUGAAUGCAAAAAAAAUCAAGAAUAUUGAGUGCCUUGUAAAUCAGAAAUUUCUUCUAAUAGACAUUUUUAUUGUUUUUCAUAGCAUUAUAUACUCUCUUAUAGACUACCGUCUACAGAAAUAAAAUCUGUUUAAGCAUGUUUUAUAUUUAUUUUCUAGAUAUUUUUUUUAGUAUCAAUUUUUUAGAGAUAAAGUCACGUGAAUGUAGAUAUUGCUUGACACACAUUGUUAUCGUUAAUAAGUAGUUGGAAUAAAUCUGAAAUUAGCAAAUAUAUACUAAAUUUAUGUAUUUUAAUAUAAGGAGCGUGUGUAUCUAAAGAUUAUGCUUUACAAUCAUGAAUUCAGUGUCGCAAAAAAAUGUAUGUAAAAUGCAACAGCGUUAUCUGCUCUGAUAUAUAAUUUUUUUCAUGUUUUUAGUACUUUGAAGAUUGAUAUCCAUCUUGUGCAAACAAUAUUUUAUAACUUGUUUGUAUAAUACAAAAAAUAGUUUAAAGGCUCUAAAUAUUGGAUUAAACUAAAAUAAAAGAAUCUAAAAAGAAUGCCUCUAAGAACAAGCCCUGGUUUUUCGUGUAAUUAAUUUAAUAAUUUAAUAACUUUAUUCAAUUGAAAAGGACGUUUAUCCAACUAAAACGUAUGACAUGAAUGCAUAGAUACAAACAAAUUCGAGUCUCAUCUUCAAUGUAAUACAUUAAAAUUUCCUGAAAAUUCUUGAAACUCAUUUGGUAUGUAAAACUGCUGCGAUCAUUUAUCAGGUGAAUUUUUAUAGUCAACUAGUAUUUAAAAGUAGUCCAAUGUGUUCAACAAAUUAAAACUUGUACUUACAUUCAAAAUCAGAUUUAAUAUUAUCCAAAUUAAUUUAGAAUAUAAUUAGAAGUUAAAUAUAAAGUUUAGUUGAGCCGCAGGCGAAUAAUUGCCGAUUCUUAUAGCAUUCUUUUUAUAUUCAUUUAUUAUAAAAAAAAAAGCUUACAAUAAAUAUGAAAAAAACAACCAAAAUAAUGAAUAUAUAGAACUGGGUGAUAACGAUUACGAAAAAAUAUUUGUCGUGUUUCAUGAAUUAAAUUGACUUUUUAAUAUUAUGUUUAUUAAAUCUGUAAUUACAACACGUUCAACAGAAGUUUUUUUCCUAUUUAUUUUCUCGAUGUGCUGAUGAGUAUAAUAAUAAAAAUCAAAUGCAGUAUUACACUUCUCAUAUAUCUUCGCUCCUAUGUUUGUAAUAAAAAUUUGUUAAUAAAUCACUCAUGUUUAUAUAGUCAAGUAUAAA